AUGAGUUCAGUGGCCAGAGGGAAGCAUACAAAGACAGCUGGAAUCUAUGUUGAGAUCGGAGCUUUUGAUGGCAUCACGUUUUCCAACACGCUCUCGUUGCACAGCUGCCUGGGUUGGUCUGGUAUGUUGGUUGAAGGCAGUCCGCGCAACUUCGAGAGGCUACGUCGAAACUUGGCAACCACCCGCCCCACCAAUGUGGUUGUCCACUUCGGCGCGGUCUGCGCGCCUCCAGAAUCAAACUUAACGUUCCUAACUGGCAAGCAAACGGGAUUGGCUGAGCACGGAGCAGCUGACGGCGACGCGAAACAUCUGUUGCUGCCUGAAGCUGCACAGCGCAAGUCUCAUCGCAAUUAUGAUGGCACUGCUACCGUGCCUUGCAAGCCAAUGUCUUGGUAUCUCCAGUCUCUUUCGUCCAGCCACGUGGACUUCUUCUCCUUGGAUGUCGAAGGCUCAGAGUUGGAGGUGUUACUCACCAUGAACUUUAAAGAAGUUACUGUGGAAGUGUUUAUGAUCGAGCUGCUGGAAAGAUCCGAGUCUGACAAGCAGAGAAACUGGAAGGUGCUAAACCUGAUGGCAAAUCUUGGGUACUGCAAGUGCCGCGGUGCAAAGAUAAAGCACAGCGGGCUUUUUGUCCGGGAGCACGGGCCAUUUUCAAGCAAAUGUCUCAGCUUCUUGCAAGAGGAGCGGUGCGUCUACACGCGGGCGCCACCACCAAACUCGGUGAGCUGCCACGACGGACGCAUUUAUGAGGUUGAUCUUUGCGACAAGUUCAAAUGCACCGGGUCGCGCUUGCCCUGUGGAGCUCGGGUGGAGGCCGAGUAUCGAGAAGGAAUGGUUUUCCGCAAUGCCAGCGAGGUCAAGAGCCUGGCAGGAACAGGGCGAGCAUUCACCAGGACUUGCGCUCCGCCUAAACUGGUGGAGACAAUUCCCGAGACGGUGAUUGAAGGCUCGCAGGUGCAGAUCAAGUGGAGCCAGCCGGUGCGGUUUUCUUCGGCAGGGCGGAAAGGCGAACGCCUUUUCAGCCUCUGCCAUGCCGCAACGCAGGAACUGGCCUGCCCAAUCGUUGACGAGGCCUUCGACGAGUCCAAGGUAUUCCCCUGUACCGGUCCGGGUGGAGACUGCGCCAUUUGGUCCAUCAAAGUGGAGCCAGGGCAGCUACCCACUUGCGGAGGUUUCAUCGUCACCAUUGAGGCUGGUGCUGUGGAGUCGGAGGAGGGUACUGGUACCAAUGAGCUGACCCGGAGUUGGAUCCAGUCAGAGAACCAUUGUCCCCGAUGGGCGGAAGGUAGCUCGUGCAGCCUGGUGGAUUCCGAUGGGUUGAGGAGCCGGUUGUCUUGA